GCUUGUGCCAAAAACUUCGGACUAUUCAGAUUGGAAAGGCAACGUGUGGAAACCAUACACAUAAAAUGACUAGCUAUAACUUCCUUUUAAGAACCCACUUUGAAGAGCGUUUUGAGUAAAUUGUUUAUUUUGCUAAACUUUUGCAACAGAAUUGGCGUAAUGAAUACACCCUUGUUACUUCAUCCGGAAACAUGGAGUCUGUCGUCUGUGAUGUUGUUUCACCAGAGGAUCUCUUGAAAUUUGAGAAGAAGUAUUCUACAGAGUUGGCUAAAGGGGAUUUGACCAAAGACACAAAGUUUGAGUAUGCCUGGUGUCUGAUUAGGAGCAAUUUCCCGGAUGACAUCAAUAAGGGCAUCGUUCUGCUGGAUGAGCUGGUUCACAAGGGGACCAAGGAUGACCAGAGGGACUACUUGUUUUACCUGGCUAUUGGAAACUACAAACUGAAGGAGUAUGAGAGGGGCCUGAAAAGCAUCCGGAUCCUCCUGAAGAAUGAACCAGGGAACACGCAAGCUCUGGAUCUGGAGAAGCUCAUAGUGAAGGCCAUGAGGAAAGAUGGUUUGGUCGGCAUGGCGAUAGUUGGAGGGAUAGUUGGAGGAGUCAGCCUUGGCGUCGCUGGAUUGGCUGCACUCAUUGGGAUGGCUGCAUCAAAGAAGCUCUAAACCAUUUGGACAACCCUACCGCCAAAACCCCUCCAGAUACCCAGAAUGCCUCAAUAUAACACUGGCUGAAUUGAGUAUAACACUCUCCUACCUACCUAUCUUUUCUUUCAAUAAAUAUAACAAUCCUCCCUUUCCAAACAAAUUAAAAGUGAAAUUAUAUUUUGUAAAAGGUAACAUUAAAGUAAAAUGUUGGGACACAACUGUUUUUGUUACUGUACUGAAAUAAUGUUAUCUUAACACUAUAUUAAAUGAACAGAAGUUUAGCUAAUUUAUUCAUUACUAUUUGAGUUAUUGUAAGACAAGCCACCAUUGCUCUAUGCUGAAAUCUAAUAAAUUCAGAUUUUCAUUUUA